CUCCUCUUCAUAUUUCCAAAGAUCAUGAGCUUUCUCCCAGGGCCACACCACCAGAUUUUCCGUAACUACCUGAAGCUAGAGGCCUUUGUCAACAAUCGUGUGGCUCAAAAUCGGAGCUCCCUGGAUCCAGCCCAUCCUCGGGACUACAUUGACUGCUUUCUGAUCAAGAUGGAGCAAGAGAAGAAUAACCCCCAGAGCCACUUCAAUUCUCAGACUCUUUCUAAGACAGCAGUGAAUCUGUUCUUCGCAGGGACAGAGACGGUGAGCUCCACUAUUCGCUAUGGACUCCUCAUCCUUCUCAAACACCCUGAUGUGGAAGCCCGACUCCACAAGGAAAUCGAUGAAGUAAUUGGGCCAAAUCGUCCUCCCACCAUGGAGGACCGGGUCAAGAUGCCCUACAUGGAUGCUGUCAUCCAUGAGAUUCAGCGUUUUGCAGACAUUGUCCCGAUGUCAGUUCCUCACACGGUCACUCGGGCCACCACAUUCCGUGGCUACCAUCUCCCCAAGGAUUUGAAUAUCAUCCCCCUGCUAUGCACAGCCCACUUUGACCACACACAGUUCAAAGAUCCAGAGAAGUUUGAUCCUGGACACUUUCUGGAUAAAGAAGGAAAGUUUAAGAAGAACGACGCCUUUCUGGCCUUCUCAGCAGGGAAGCGGCUAUGUCUGGGAGAAGGCCUGGCCCUCACUGAGCUCUUCAUUUUUCUCACAAGCCUCCUGCAACGCUUCUCUCUAAGCCUGGAUGGCCCCAGGGAUGCCCUAGACUUAUCCCCUGAAUCUCAGGGUUUGGGCAGUCUACCCAGACCUUACAAACUCCGCCUGCUGCCCCACUGAUGUGGGAUCCUGGGCCUCUUUAGCUAUGACAGUGAUGGCAAACCUUUUAGAGAUGGAGUGCUGGGCCCCACCCCCAUUCCCCCGAGACAUCAUGCUGUGCCCUUCUCCCCAUCGAGCAUCAGGUGUGCUCUGCCCCCGCUUAUCCCACACAGAGGAGGGAGAAAGGGCUCCCAUUGGGCUGCUGGGCAGAGGGGUGGGUAAUGUAAAAAAAUGUCAUCAGGCACGGUGGAGAGGGGGAAAGAAGCAGCUGUGCCCAGGUCCCUCUGCCUUUGUAGUACUGAAGUGGGGGGGCAGCCAUGUGCCCACAGAGAGUGCUCUGUGUGCCAUCUUUGGCACCCAUGCCAUAGGUUUGUCAUCACUGAUCUAUGGAUUCUCCUUCAUUUCCCAGAAUCUAGAACUCCUCAUCAUCUCUUGGGAUCUCAGUUCCCCAUGACCCUCCAGGCCAAAAACAUUGGGAACCCAAUUUACCCCAAGAAUCUGUGCCCCAUUAACUUUUUUUUUUAAUUUU